AUGUCACAAAAAACUGCUCUUAUCACCGGUGCCGGCGGAGGUAUUGGUUCCGCCCUUUGUAAAGUUUACGCCAAAAAUGGUUACAAAGUGUUUGCCAUCGAUAUCAAAUUCCCUGAAGAAGUGGCUGCAAAAUUCAAAGAAUUAGAAAUCAUCACCUUCCACACCGAUGUUACCAAGUCCGAGCAAAUCGUUGAUCUCAGACAGAAGCUUGUAGAGGAAUUCGGGUUGACACAAUUGGACGUCCUCUACAACAAUGCCGGAGUUGCUUCUUCCUUGCCAGCUAUUGACUAUUAUGAUUCUGCUUUGGAGUUCGUUAAUGGUGUCAACUUCCUUGCUCCAAUCAAGUUUGUUAGAGAAUUCUCUAAGCUUAUUAUCAAGGCGAAGGGUACUAUUGUUUUCACUACCUCGGUCACCGGUUGGGUUCCUCUCACUUUCAACUCCGUAUACGCUGCUACCAAGGCUGGUCUCGACCAAUAUGCCCGUACUCUUAAUAGUGAAAUGAAACCUUUGGGUGUCAAGGUCAUCAGUAUGGUUACUGGGGCUGUUGAUACCACCAUUGGUACUCCUACUGAUUUGCCAAAAGACAGUAUUUUCAACACUCCAGAAGUCCAUGAGCACAUGAAGUGGAAGAGAGCUUUGCUUAAGAAUGAAAAUGCAAUGGAUCCUGAAGUUUAUGCUGAAAGGGCUUAUAAUCAACUCAACAAAGCUACCCUCAACAACUUCAGACUCUUUGAAGGGAAGAGAGCAAGUACAUACUAUACUAUGUUCAGGUUGCUUCCAGUCCAAAUGAUGAAUGAUUUCAUUCGUAAGAGAUUCAGAAGUAUCACUGUUUACCCCCUGGUCUUCAAGAAAUUGGAGGCUGAAUCUGGCAAAUAG